AGUAAUCAACCAACUCCGUGUUUGAUUUACACACAUACAUGGCGCAGCCGGAAAAUUAACAUAAAAUACGAACAUAAUAAAAUAAUUACAAUAAAUAGUGUUGUGUCACAAUGGAUAGUGUGUUAUCACCGCCGAAAGCAUUUUAUUUUGACGAAAAUGCGUUGGAUUUAUCGACAGGUGCAUUGAGUGAAUGUUGGUCCAAAUGGAAACGAAGCUACGAUAUUUACGUCAAAGCGUGUGAAAUAAAUAAAAAACCAGCGGAAAUACAACUGAAUAUACUAUUACAUAUAGUAGGAGGACAGUGUUGUGAAAUAUUAGAUCAGUUUCCUAAAUGUACAACGCCUGAACAAGUGAUAACAAGAUUGGAUGAAUAUUUUCAAAGAAAGAAAAAUGUUACGGUAGAACGACAUAGAUUUUUUAAACGGCAGCAGAAAGAAAACGAAACUAUUGAACAAUACGUGUUUGAGUUGAGAAAAUUAUCAUUAACGUGUGAAUUUGGUGCAUUACGGGAAGAAUUAAUUAAAGACAGGUUGGUCUGUGGAGUUACGGAUGCGGCGAUUUGUGAAAGAUUGCUGAGAGAAGACAAUUUAAAUUUGAGAAAAGCAUUAGAAAUUUGUCAAGCAGCAAUUGUAUCGAGGGCUUAUUCAGAGAGUAUUAAGAUGGACUACAAGUCGGAAGUGAAUAAUAUAAAUAGUGAGCAGAAUUAUGAUGAAGAAAAAGACCAAAUCUUUAUGAUUCGCCGGGGCGCGAUGAUUACAAGAGGACGACGUAGCUCGUGGCGCGGGGGGCGCGGCAGAGGAGCUGCCGCCGGGCGCGGAGAGCGCGCGCAGCCUGCAGCCGCCGCUGUUGCCGGCCCGUCGCAUGCGCCACCAUACCACACUGCGCGCUGGCCGGGGCCACGCGCGCCCUCCACGCGCGCUCGCCACACCGCAUACGUGACGCAGUGUGGCCAUUGUGGAGGUGUACACAGAAAACACGAAUGCCCAGCGUAUGGAAAAACAUGUAUGAGAUGUAGCAAAAUGAAUCAUUUCGCCAGGGUGUGCGGUGUAUAUCAAAUUGAGGAAUCGGAAGAACAGGGGAUUGGCUGUUUACCAGGUAAGCAUACGAUACACUUAAAGGAUAAUGCUGUUCCAGUUGUACACGCUCCAAGAAAAAUGCCAUUUGCUAUUAAAGAUGACGUUAAAAAGACAUUGGAUAAAUUGGAGGCGCAGGAAAUUAUAAAAAAGGUGCACAGUGGUUUAGCACACUUGAUGCAGCAUCAGGCUUUUGGAAUGUCAGAUUAG